AUGACUGCCUCCGCUCUCCACACCAGCUCGGCAGCAGGAGCGGCAGCUGCUCCUGCUGCCCCUGCUGAGGAGACUGUAUCGGCAACGGCACCUGUUCCACCAGGAAGAGUGCAGAAUACGCCGCCACCUCCAUGGACACCCACACAGCAGCUGAAGAAGCGCAACUUCUUGCCCAGGCGUAUGGGACAUCUGAUACAGGUGCUUGAACAAGAGGCAGCUGACAAGGCGGCAUCAGAAAAGAAGUUUCCAGAUUUCCAGCCUGGCGACAUCCUAGAGCUGAAGCUGGUGGUCCCUGAGAACAAAGGCAGGCCGGCUACUGUCAAAGGGCUUUGCAUUGCAAAGAAGAAUCGGGGAUGGCGCACAGCCUUCACAAUUCUUAACUUCAUUCAGGGCGGCGGUCCUGUGGAGCGCUCCUUUCCCCUGUACUCACCAACUCUGCAGAGCCUCAGUGUGAUCGGCAGACGCAAAGUGCGGCGCGCAAAGCUGUACUAUCUGCGUGACAGGAAGCCGAGCGAAUACCGAGCAUGA